AUCAAAUCGAUUAUUUAUCUUAUAAUGAUAAAAACAUUGUGUUGUCAUUUAAAUGACGGCCGAGAAAUAGAAUCAAAUGAAAAAGGUUUGCAUUUGAAAUACGAACACGUAAAAAAAGUUUGCUCCAACAGACAUUAUAUUUGCAAGAGCAAUGAUACCGCGGUAUGUACGAGAAGACUUUUCGGCGGGAAAAUAGAACAUCUGGAUUUUGAAAAUUCGUGUUAUUUAUUUUUGUUCAAUAUGUGCGACGAUUUUGAAAAUGAAUACUCCAUAGUAUCUUCUGGAAACUGUAGUGACUAUUUGAAAUCGAGAAGGAAUAAUCCAGCAUUAAAAGAAACAACUAAAACGGAAUUUAUUAGUACAAAGAAAGCUGCUCGAGCCGGCGCGUACAACUUCAGUGCAUUGUACGAGGUGGAAACCGCCUUCGACUUUCACACCUGCCCGAUGGCAUGCCCUCCGAUCUACAGCCCAGUAUGCGUUAACGUCAACCGAGGUCACGGGCUGUACUUCAAGUUUAUGACCUUCGUCAACCAUUGUGUCGGGGACCUCUACUAUUGCCAGCAUUGGGAAGAAUUCAAACCCCCGCCAGGAGAGAAUGAACUGGUGAAAAGCUCAACGCUUAGCUGGUCAUUAUGUGCUGCUAAUAGAUUCAUCCAGUUCGCAAGAUUCACUGAGAUGACAUCAUCUAUGGGUCAUUAUGGAUGGUUAGCUGGUGAUUACAGGCCAACUUAUAUUUUGAAGCCCCACGAAAGGAAUCCAAAAUAUGGCUAAUCUAGCACAGAUGAUAAUUUAAUUGACACGCGAAUUCUUCUAUUGAUAACAUGCUAAUUGUAUUGCAUGCACCUGCUCACAGAUUUAAGAAUAUACAGAACCCUUAUUCAGCCAUUAUUGAAUGUAAU